AUGACCAUUUCCACCACCCCAGUCUUGAGUCCGCAGCUAAAGAGGUGCAGGAAGGAGGAGGAGGCCAAGGUUCCAUCCCAGCGACGAGAAAACACGUCACUGACAGAGGAUUCGAGUGUCGUGGAGAUCCCUAGCUUAGGGCAGAGCAGCCAUGGUGAAGGUGGACACGAUGAUGAAGAUGACGAUGAUGAAGAUGAUGAAGAUGACGAUGAUGAAGAUGACGCUGAAGGUGACGAUCAUGAAGUAGACGAUGAUAGUGAUGAUGACGGUGGUAGUGGUGAUGAUGAUGAUGGUGAUGAUGUAGAAGAAGUUGAUGAUCAAGUGGCUGGAGUCGUGGACGAAAAGAAAGACGUUGAGGGUGGUGGCGGCGAUGAUGAUGACGGGGAUGAAGAUGGUGACGAUGAUGAGGAUGGUGACGAUGAUGAAGAUGGUGACGAUGACGAGGAACUGAAAGGGGAAGAUGCCAAGGAAGAUGACGUGAAGGAUGGACCUGUCAAGGUGGCACAGGAACCUGUCACCAACUCAGCCGUAGAGCAGAGACACACACAGGGAAGUGACCUCACAGCCGGAGGCGACAAUCAGAACCCGCGGCCGAAGCCGUCGCUGCUGUGGUGGACAUCGUCACGGAGACGGAACAACAAGAAGCAGCUGCAGCAGCAGCAGGCGAUAGCUGCUACAGAAGCAGCUGUAGCAGCAGCAGCCCCAGCAUCAGCUGCAACACCAGCAGCUGCAUCAUCAGCAGCAGGAGCAGCAGCAGCAGAAGCAUCAUCGUCAGCUGCAACAGGAACACCAGAAUCAACAGCAGCAGCAGCAGAAGCAGCAGCAGCAGAAUCAUCAACAGCAGCAGCAGCAGUAGCCCCAGCAUCAGCAGAAGCAGCAGCAGCAGAAUCAUCAACAGCUGCAGCAGCAGCAGGGGCAGCGUCGCACUCGAGUACCUGCACUCUGCUGUGAGUCACCAUGCUGUAGCAGCAGCAGUAGCAGCAGUAUCAGCAGUAACAGCAGCAGCAGUAGCAGCAGCAGGAGCAGCAGCAGUAGCAGCUGCAGCAGUAUCAGCAGUAACAACAGCAGCAGCAGUAGCAGCAGUAACAGUAGCAGCAGCAGCAGCAGGAGCGGCAGCAGUAGCAGCUGCAGCAGUAUCAGCAGUAGCAGCAGCAGUACAGCAGCGGGAGCAGCAACAGUAGUAGCAGCAGCAGUAUCAGCAGUAUCAGUAGCAGCAGCAUGGCAGCAGCAGCAGUAGUAGCAGCAGCAGCAGUAACAGUAGUAGCAGCAGCAGUAGCAGCAGCAGUAGCAUUAACAGUAGUAGCAAUAGUAGCAGCAGCACCAGCAGUAGUAGCAGCAGCAGUAGCAGCAGCAGCAGUAGUAGCAGCAGCAGCAGUAGCAGCAGCAGUAGCAGCAGCAACAGUAGUAGCAGUAGUAGGAGCAGCAGUAGCAGCAGUAGUAGUAGUAGCAGCAGCAGUAGCAGCAGCAGUAGUAGCAGCAGUAGUAGUAGUAGCAGCAGUAGCAGUAGUAGCAGCAUCAGCAGUAGUAGCAGCAGCAGCAGGCAGCAUCAGCAGCAGUAGUAGUAGCAGUAGUGGUCUAUGCAAACAUGACUCCUUGUAAAAAAGGUGUCAGUUUUGUUGCCAGAUAAAAGGGUAAAAAAACAAUUAUAUUUUUUACUGGCAAAUGAGGUACCAAUGGUGUAAAUGCUUCACCCCGAGCUCUCAUACUCUGAUGGUGCAUUGUCUUUGAGUUGUGCGCCUUUUGGCGUCAUCUGGUCCAACACCAUGUGAGACGAGGCUCUAAGGAAAGCUGUCUCGGGUGUGGACCAAUCAACUUCAAGGACAGUGCAUACAUUAUCAGAGUUGUGUUUUUUGUUGGCAUUAUGACUGCAGGUAUUGUGGUUUAUGCAAACAUGACUCCUUGUAAAAAAAGGUGUCAGUUUUGUUGCCAGAUAGAAGGGUAAAAAAAAUUAUCAGGUGAAUGGAUGUUUUUUUCCAAGACGAUCGUUGAGUUUUUAAUUUAAAUGAUGAUGAUUGUGACGAUUGUGAUGAUGGUGGGGGUGGUGUCGGUGAUAAAUAUUUGAUGACGUGGGCGUUACAUUGCAAAUGUCCGAUUACUGAAAAUGGUUUUUCUGACGCUAAGAAUGUCCUCGUGAUGAUGGUGGUGAUGACGAUGGU